AUGCACAGGUUGCAUGUGGUUCUGUUCCUGAUCCCAGUUGUGCUGCUGCUCUCAUUUGGUGGCUGCACCAGUGAGCACUCCACUUUGCUACCGACGCAGCUUUCCACGACAGAAUCCAUCACCGUCCCAGAAUCCACCAGCCAGGCUGCCUUUGCUACUUGGUGGACUGCCAGGAAUGAAACCAACGCAAGGAAAGCCCCUGGCGCAGAGGAGACGACACCCAGCACCUAUCUUUCAACUGACGGUACCAUGGCAACAACGCCCGCAGCUAGCAGCACAAGCGCAGAGUCAACGGAACACCAAGCCUCUUCUCUCUCGCCCCGGAUUAGCAAGACCACCAAAAGCACCCAUCUGGGAAAAGGUGUGUCCGAGGAGCAGCUUGCUGUGUUUGAAUACGACGACUACUACCUGAGGAGGCUGGGUCUGAUCUUCGCUGCUGUGCUCUUUGUGAUGGGAAUUCUGGUCCUGAUAUGUGACAAAAGAUGUCCCAUGCCAAAGUGUCACACGAAGAAGGCAAAGUGA